AUGUCACAAUCAUUAUUACAUCAAAAGAAUGCUAAUGAACGACGAUUACCGGAAAAUUGUCGCGAUCGUUAUGUUAUCAGACGAUUAGCUAAAUCAUCCGAUGGGAUAACAAUAACAGAUUUGGAACUAUUACGGAAGACAUUUAUGGAACGUUUCAACAAUUGCAAAGAACAUUCGGAAAGAAUUUACGAAUUGAAAAGUGCUAUUUAUGCUAUAAAUGAAAUUGAAAUUUGUUCAAGUAAUUUUCAAUGGUUAACUCAAUAUCAAUAUAUUUUAAAUUGGUGUUAUUGCCAAAUAAGAUUUAUUAGUAAUCCAACAGAACGAGUACAAUUAUUUUUUGAAGUUAAGGAAAAAUAUCGGAAGAUGUUUGAAAUGUUAAGUGAUGUGGAUGAUGUUAAUAAAUUAACAUCAUAUCUUCAUUGGUCACAAUUAUGUUAUCAAUAUGCAGAACUUGUUGAUCGUGAAUCGUUAUCAUGGUGUAUUGAAGCGAUCAUCAAUGCUAAAAAUGCAUUAUUUAUAACAUCGUCAGGAAAAUCAACGUUAUCCGGAAAAACGGAAACUAACGAAUCAUAUCGAUCGAAAUCCACAAAUAGUAUAAAUGGUAAUGAACAAUUGGAAAAUAUAGGAACGGUGAAUCAACGGCGUGUUAAAAUAGCAACUGUUGGAUUAAUUCAAAGUAAUGUAUUAAAAGCUGAAAAUAUAUAUAUGCGUGCUCAUUAG